AUGAAAGCUGUUGUUGGCUGCGGCCUCCUCCACUCCGCCUCCACCUCCGCCUCCGCCUCCACCGUCCCUUCACUGCGCUGGAGCUGCUGCUGCGGAGGCAGCCCCCACCGCGCCGGCCCCCAGCCGCCUGCCCGCCAGCCGCCGCGCCGCCGCCGCGCCAGUGCUCGUCGAGGCCUGGUGACCGCGCGACGCGUCCUCACGCGAAGAGAGAGCGAGACCGAGCGCCUGCGCCAGCGCCAGCGCCAGCCGUGUCAUGCGAGCGAGGACCAGCCAGCACCAGCGUCGGCGACGGCCUCCCCCAGCAGCGGGCGCCACGCCGCAGCACAGCGCCUGGGCUUCCACGGAGGCGCUCUCCGCGCACCAGCUAUGAGACAGAGGGGCGGCGCCGCGUGGGCGGCGUGGGCAGCGCUGCUGCUGCUGGCGGCCUGGACGGGCGGCGCGCGGGCCGUGCUGCAGUACCAGCCCGUGGCGGGCGCCGAGGGCGAGUGCGCGCUGCUGCUCGACGGCCCCGGGCGCACCUCCGCCUUCGACUACAACCUCAACGCGCUGCGCGGCACAUUUGGUUAUGGUGGCCAGCACACGUGCAUCACUUAUGACGCCGUCAACCAGGCGUAUCUGCAGGCCAGAAAAAGAAUUCAUGUGGCGCAGCCGAAGACGCACAUGUGGAAGGCCGAAGAGGUGGCGACGGUGGGAGAGCUCCUCCUGGACAUUUCCAUCAACCUCGCCAAGACGUACGGCCUGAGCUACGAGGACAUCGAGAAGGGCCUGCCGCUCAUCGACACGUCCAAGACGCUCAUCCGCGAGGUGUGCCCGCCCUUCCUGGCCAACGUGGAGUGCCGGCCGGGCAAGUACCGGCGCUACGACGGCCUGUGCACCAACCUGCAGCACCCGACGUGGGGCGCCACCAUGACGCCCUUCACCCGCCUCGUGGGCCCCCUGUACGCCGACGGCAUGACGGCGCCGCGCAUCUCCGUCACGGGCAACCAGCUGCCGCUGCCGCGCAUCGUCUCCCGCACCGUCCACCCCGACGAGGGCUUCCACGACCACGCCGGCACCGUCAUGGUGGUCGCGUGGGGGCAGUUCAUGGACCACGACUACACGCUCACCGCCACGCCCCUCGACCCGCUGAACCGCAACGAGCCCGAGGAGUGCUGCGACCGGCCGCCGCACCUGCGCAACCCCUACUGCCUGGAGAUCGAGAUCCCGGCCGACGACUACUUCUACUCGCUGUUCGGCCUCCGCUGCCAGGACUUCGUGCGCGGCUUCCCCGCCGUGCGACCCGGCUGCCGCCUCGGCUCCCGAGGACAGUACAAUACUCUGACUGGAGUCCUCGAUGGAAACACCUACGGGCUGAAGGACCUGCUGCCGCUCAAGCUGGACAUCCCCGACGAGGGCUGCACGCGCCCCAACCGCUCCAUGUACUGCUUCGAGGGCGGCGAGAUCCGCGUCAACGAGCAGCUCGUGCUCACGUGCAUGCACACGCUGAUGGCGCGCGAGCACAACCGCGCGGCCACGGGGCUGGCGCAGGAAGCGCGGCGUAUAGUGAUCGCGGAGAUCCAGCACAUCACCUACAACGAGUUCCUGCCCAUCAUCCUGGGCAAGGAGGUGAUGGAGAAGUUCGGGCUGCUCACGCAGAAGGAGGGCUACUGGGACGGCUACGACCCCAACGUCAACCCCAACGUGAUCGACGCGUUCGCCGCCGCCGCCUUCCGCUUCGGCCACUCGCUGCUGCCCACGGCCAUCGAGCGCUGGAGCAAGGCGCACAAGUUCAUCGCGUCGAAGCGUCUGUCUGACCUCAUCCGCCAACCUUACGACCUGUACCGCGCGGGCGUGCUGGACGAGUACUUCAUGGGGCUCAUGAACCAGGUGGCACAGGCCAUGGACGACUCCGUCACCCAGGAGGUGACGAACCACCUCUUCAAGAAGCCCGGCGCGCGCUUCGGCAUGGACCUGGCCGCCUUCAACAUGCAGCGCGGCCGCGAGUUCGGCCUCCCGGGCUACAUGGAGUUCCGCAAGUUCUGCGGGCUGCCCGGCGCCUCCACCUUCGACGAGCUCUUCGGCUCCAUGAGCAACGAGACCAUUCGCCGAUACGCCUCCAUCUACGAGCACCCGUCGGACGUGGACCUGUGGUCGGGCGGCGUGUCGGAGCGGCCCCUGCCUGGCAGCAUGGUGGGCCCCACCUUCGCCUGCAUCAUCGCCACGCAGUACAGCUACUCGCGCCGCGGCGACCGCUUCUGGUACGAGCUGGGCAACCAGCCCUCGUCCUUCACGCCAGAGCAACUGCAGGAAGUACGCAAGGCAAAGCUGUCCCGCGUCAUCUGCGACAACACUGACCUCAUCGACACCAUCCAGGUGUACCCAAUGGUGCUGCCCGACCACGAGAUCAACCCGCGCGUGCCCUGCCGCAGCGGCAUCAUCCCGGGCAUCGACUUCACCAAGUGGGCGGACUACGGCGGCGGUGUGCCGCAGGGGCCCGCGCCGCAGCCCUUCGCCAACAACUUCGCGUCCGUCUUCGACGCCCUGGGCAAGCGGAAGCGGAAGUAGAGCUGCACCCCAACCUCCUCCUCCUUCCACCUCCCGUCCUUCCCCGUCGGGUGGUCCGAUCGCGGGGCAGCGGGCGCCGGCCUUGCCCUACCCCUUUUGUAAUGCUGUAAAUAGCAAAGGCCGCCGCCCGCCCCCGCGCCCGCCCAACCCACGCCCCCGUCCACGCUCCCGCCCUCGGCUCCGUCCUAUUUAUUGCACGCUCGGCGCCCUCCUCCGCGCCGGGCUGAGCCCUGCCACGCCCCCGCGCCUCGCAAGGGCGCGACGUCGCAGUUUCUAAGGGCCAGCUCAACCACAGCGUCCAAUGCCCGCCGCGCCCUUGCGAACCGCCCUUCUCCACCCCUCCAGCUCCGCGUCCCUCCACUCCGCCCCCAACCCCGCGUCGGCGCUGCGGGCCGCGCGCGGAGGCCGCCACCGCCGCUGCGUCCUGUGGGUUUUGUGCAUCACUUCACUAACGGCUGUGGUUUCGUACGUCAUUAUCUUCCGGCCCUAACCUACUCACACAUUAACGGGUACACACGCAUUACGCUCACAACUUGCGUUUACUGCACCCUGUGUUUCACGAGACAACUUUCACCUUCACGGGAUUAACGAAACUCUAUUCCAGUCAGGUUUACGCACACAGGUGUAAAGGAUACACUCCCCCACGAGCCUCAAGAAAAUCAGCAGCAAUCAAAGGUUUUGUUUGUGCCUGUUUCACCUGUAGUGUUGUGGCCGAAGACGCUCGUUUUCCCCCGUACGGGUGGAACGGUCACGUAUCCCGAACAUGUGUGGUCUUUAACUUUUUUUCGCACGCGACUUGAUACCUCGUGAUUGGGUCGACCGCGCGGCACCCUGCGGCCGCCGUCUUCCGGAGCAGCCUGGAGCGGCGCUGGCGGAC